AAGGUGGGGGGGCGUCGCUUGACCCGGAGAGGAGGAUUUUUCUGCCCCCCCUCCUCGGUGGGGGAGGGUCCCCAGCCUUGAGGGGCCCCGCACCCCAUUACUGGGGCUGCCCCCCGGAAGGAAACCCGACCCCCCCGCGCCUUCUUUCGCAGCCCCCUCCCCAAGUCCUCACUCUUUUCCUCCCCCUCCCCUUUUAUUUGAACCUGCCUCCCCCCCCGAGAAUUAUUUGACCCUCCUAACUUUCCUUGAGGGGGGAGAGGAGUCUUGUCCCCCCAACUCCUGUUUCUUCCCACCAAACCUGACGCCCCCCCACCCCCUGGCCCCCUCCCCCAUCUCAUUUUCUCCCCACCCCUCGAGCUCCCCCCUCCCAACUGUGAACGCCCCUCUUCUUAACACCCCCCCCAAAAAAGAGAUUUGGCCCCCUCCCUACGUCCCUCUCCCCAUUCCAGCUCCCCUCCUGCCUUCCUCUGCCUCUCUUUUGGGGUUGCUGCCCCCUCUUAUUUCGGCCCCUCCCCUGAGACCACCCACCUGGAAGGAGGCCUGCGGGGGGGGGGGGAGGGAGAGAUCCUUCUUGGGGGGGAGAGACCCCCCCACUGGGCUCUGCUAGACCGGUAAGGGAAGAGCAGAGCCUCAGGUCCCUGCUGGAGUUGGGGUGUUUUUUUGGGGUGGGGGGUCCUUAACUCAGAGCUGCCAUGCCCAGCCUGGAAGAGGUGGCCAACGUGGCGCUCCGCGUGCCCAGCAUCGCCUUGCUGGACCUGCUCUACCGGUGGGAUGUGCAGGCCUUCGCGGAGCUGCUCCUGCACCCGAGGAGGCCGGAGGGGACCUACCUGUGGCGACAUCACCUGUGGAACGCCUAUUACGCAGGUGAGUGAUGCAGGUCCGGCAGGUGGGAGACGGGGUGAAGUCGCCGCAGUGGUGGUUGUGCCGCUCGUGGUCUUGACACCACCACUCUUGAGCAUGUGCAGAGUGCCCGGCACAGGAUUCAGGCUUCUGGUGUCGGCUUUGUUUUGCCAAGAAAGCCCACCAACUUGAGCCAAAAAGAUUACAUUGGCGGGGAGUUAUUGAACCGAUUACUGGCCAUCUUCUGUGAUUUUAUGUACCGUUAGAUGACCUGCAUGUUGCAGUAUAAAUCUACAAGCCUAAGAGGCAUUGUGGUGAAGUGGUCAGUGUAUUGGACCAGGACCUGGGAGACCUGGGUUCGAAUCCCCACUCGACACUGGGUGACUUUGGUGCCUUUCAGCCUAGCCUGCCUCACAGGGUUGUUGUGGGAAUUUAUGUUGUUUUGAGCUCCUUGGAGUAAAAGAGUGGGUUAUAAUUGCAAUUAUUAUUAUUCAUACUGACACAACUGAGUUACUGCAGAUCAGGGGUUUUAGGGGGAAAGAAGUCGCCUUGCCGAUAGCAGUGCUGAGGAACUGGGUGUCAGAAACACGUGCCAAACUAUUGCAAAUAAUCCCUUGAUUAUACCAGUAUAUCCCAGGCUGCUUUCUGCCCCAAGCUGUCAACAUGUUGUGUUUAAAAUCCUGAUUCAAAGUAACUAAAAUUUUCCCACUCAUGCACACAAUGUGAAAUUAUGCAACUUGGAAUAAGUUAUGUAAACUGAGGACAUUUUUGCAUAUGGGUGCUCCAGGAUCUGUGUAUAUGUUCAAAUGUUCAUGCACACAUACACAAAAAGUGGGAUUAUACAUCCUGGAAUAAAUUAUGUCCGCUGAAGAAAUUGAUGCCUGUAUCAGGUUAUGAAUUCUGGCUGCUCCAGAGGUCUGUCUGUCUCCUGGAAUGUAUUUGAUCAGCGAUAAUUCAGCUCACAUUGCUAGCCGUUGUAAGUUUUUAUUGCCAGAAGUUUGGAAAGUCACAAAUGUACCUUCGGCUUAAAAAAAAAAAGAGUAAUUAAACACUGGGGAUGUGACAGUGAUAAAAAAUCAUUACUUAUAUAGAAAGCAAUGAGAAGAUGAUAAUCUGUUACGCGUCUUAAUAAAUAGUAUAGGUUUAUGAUACUACGGAAUAAUCUAGGGCUGGCCUGUGGAUUUGAAAACAUGUUUGCAGAUGUGGAAAAAAUGGUGUGUUGCAAUUUUGACUGGAUUAAUGUUCUGCUGAGACUGACAUUUUUCGCUAUACAAUCAUUGCAAAGUUAUGUGUACACAGUUCUUUCUGCCUCUUCUACCCAGUGGGACCUUUGCAGACAAUCUCAAUCCCCUGGCCUUUCUAAGUCCCCAUCAGCCGGUAUUUUAAGUUCCCUCUGCCUGUUGCCGCAUGCUUUCUGCUGUCAUAAGCAGUUAGAAAUUAGCCAGGCGCCGGGUGCGUUUUGCAACUGGCAGGGACCCAAUUGUGACCACUGGGAGAUCUCUGGGCAAAAGCAGCUGGCAAAAGCAGAAUGUCACUUGGAGAAGGAUCUGAAAUAUUUCCCUUGGAGCAUGAAUUUGUUUUAUUUUUAAAAUGUGUUGUAAACCGCUUUGGUAUAUAAAAUAUAAAGCAGCAGCAACAACAACAAGAACUAACUUUGGGAGGUGGGGUAUGAUGCAGAGAAAUUCCAUUGUGGUGACCGUAACCUAGGUUUAAGGUGCCAUUUGGUGAUUAGAUUAUAUAGCUGAGUUUUCGACAUUAUUUCUCAGUCAGAAAAGAAUUAAGAUUCAUUGGCAUACCGAGUUCUUUGCCUACUGCCAUGGUCUAUGUUGUUCAGUUGCAAUCAUGGCCGGGCAGAAUAUUCACAGGUUUGGAGAGGAGUUCAGGCAAGUGUUUGGCACAACAGCCUGACCCUUGAACAUUUGACGGAAGGCAGCUGAGGGCUUUUCCGCAAAACUAAACAGGCAGACAUAAGAGUGUUUAAAAUGUUGGCUUCUCUCUCCUCUUCCUCACUGUUUUAGGUCACUUGGUGUGUGUGGUGGUUUUGCUGCUCCCAGUCCGGAUGCUUGUGAAGUUGUAUCUCUACAUCCUGACAGCGUUGCUGCUGUAUGUGAGCCACCAGACGGCCCGGUAAGGACUCGGUUGCCUCCUUCUGAGAACUGGAAGCGGCCGAUCAUAGAGUUGACUUGCUAGAAAGGAAGGGCUUGAGGUCGGGGGGGGGGGGCAGCAGGUGGUGUGGAGCAGGCUCUGCUCUAAAAAAAAAGUUCCUGGCAAUGGCAAAAGGAACUAGGAGCGCUGUAGUCUCCUGGUCCUUUGCCUCUAAACUGCAGGAGCUGAAGGACGGGUCCUUGCCAUUUUUACAUGUUUUGCGAGGUGCAGCCGCAUUUUGGGGCCUGCUAGGAGCAGGUGGGAGUUUCCAGUGGUGCUUUCCACCUGCCCAAGGCCUAUGUCAAAUCUUGGAAGUAUAGUGGUACCUUGGGUUACAGACUCUUCAGGUUACAGACUCCGCUAACCCAGAAAUAGUACCUCGGGUUAAGAACGUUGCUUCAGGAUGAGAACAGAAACCGCGCGGCUGCGCGGUAGCAGUGGGAGGCCCCAUUAACUAAAGUGGUACCUCAGGUUAAGUACAGUUUCAGGUUAAGAACAGACCUCUGGAACGAAUUAAGUUCUUAACCUGAGGUACCACUGUAUGUUUCUGAGCACAGUUCAAAGUGUUGGUGCUGACCUUUAAAGCCCUAAAUGGCCUUGGCCCAGUAGACCUGAAGGAGCGUCUCCACCCCCAUCAUUCUUCCCGGACCCUGAAGUCCAGCUCCAAAGGUCUUCUGGUGGUUCCCUCCCUGUGAGAAGUGAGGUUACAGGGAACCAGGCAGAGGGCCUUCUCGCUAGUGGCACCCACCCUCCCAUCAGAUGUUAAGGAAAUCAACAACUAUCUCACUUCUAGGAGACAUCUGAAGGCAGCUAGGGACAUUUUUAAUGUUUGGUAUUUUAUUGUGUUUUUUAUUUUAUUUUGCUGGAAGCCUCCCAGAGUGGUUGGGUCAGGAAAAAUCAUGGUGGGUCUCUGGGAGUAAUAUCCUUGCAGAAGUGUACGUAUGCCUGGCUCCAAAAGGAAGGGUUUAAAAUUCCGCAUUGAGAGAAGUUCUGUCUAAAUUACACAAAGAGAGCCCUCACUUGGUUCUGUUUUUGCAUACUGUUUUACUUCUGUUGUUUACGGGGAAAGCAAAGAAAGAGGCGAGACUUUGAAGCCCCCGCCCCGAGCAGUGGACACACUGCAGUCCUAAAGACUUGAAACUUGCUUUUAAGUAAAAAUGGGAGACUCAAGAAGCUGAGUCCUGUGUUAGGUUCCCGUUUCUGUAAUCACGUAGUUCAGUUGCUGAAUCGCAGGAUAUUCUUAGCUCUUGGGCACUGGGAGCAGCAGAAAAAUGCAGCCAGGGUACUAGCUGGAAAAUGGAGCCUCAUUACCAACUUGCCAAGGAUUGGGUAAUGCUUCUGACAUUGGUGACAAAAUGUGGCGUAGUUGGUAAUUUCUGGCCUGGACUAUGACAGCCUUUGCCACUGGCAGCUCAGAUCCAGCUCAGAUACCUAGCUCCACACUUGGCCGGCCAUCUCUGCUGUUGGUGGGAGUUGAAACAAGCCCAGAGUUUGCAAAACUGAAGGAACAUCAUAUGUGAAUGGGGCCUUGGUUGCUGGAGAAAGAGAGGGCAGGGAAACUGUCAUAGGAAGAGGUACCAAGGUUUCUUUUAUUAAGCAACGGAGAGCUAGCUCCUCCUUGGGCUUGCGUCCUGCUUGGCAUUACAAACUAUUUUCCCGGGUCCCAUUCCAGAGACUACAUCCGCCACGAGAUGGAGCGGGAUUUCCACGGCGCCGUCUACAACGACCCCGUGGCCCUUAGCCACUUCGCCACGGCACUCACAGGUGAGGAACCGUAGCUGUCAAUUUUCAGAUUUGAAAAAUAAGGGAUCAGCAGCCUCGGAAAUAAGGGAUCAGCAGCCUCACCUGUCCCAGGGACAGUCUACGGGAUAUCUAACAAUCCGGGAUAGCAGCGGGAAACGAUGCUGCGAUAAGGGAAUUUCCCGCAAAAAAGGGAAGGUUCCCAGCUUGUUCCUUCUCUUCCACUGCUCUUUGAUCUGCUUAUAUGCAGAAAAGGUGGGGACUUUUUUUUAACCCAAGGGCCACGUUUCCGACUGGGCAGCCUUCCAGGGGCCAGGUGGGCGGGGCCAGGGCAAAAGUGGGCGGAGCAUUGGAUGUGCAUUUUAUCAUUGUGGUCUGGUUUUGACACGCACUUCCAAACCCUUCUCCGUCCUACAUCCAGACAAGGACGUUAUCAGAGCCCUGCCUUCCUGCAUUUGGGACACCCGCCUGACCCCCCUACUUUUCUCCUCCCGUCCUCCCCAGGUCAAGUCAUCGUUGCCACCCUCUGCGCCCUCCUGCUGAAGACCAAGCGGGUGUGGCUCUUUGGGGCUCCACUCCUCCCUCUGGCCGCCCGCCUGUGCUGCCUCCCGCUUCGGGCCUUGCCCGCCGUGAACAGCGUCGCCACAGCUCUCACCGCGAUGGAGGCUCUCUACGUUGUGGCCUCCUGCUUGGUGGUUCCUCUCCAAUGGGCAACGGUCGCCUGCCGGGAGGUUGCUCAGGUGAUGAAGGAGGUCCAAAGGGAUCGCUCCUUCGAAUCGUAGCAGUUUCUGAUUGGCAGCUGCUCCCUGCCAACUUGUCCUUGUGCAUACCCGUCCUCCAUAGUUCAGUCGUAAGGAAGCUUAGAAUUCAUAAGAACCCCAGACCUUUGGGUCCAGCUAGCUCAUAGAAUUGCUGAAUGAGAAUCAUCUGGUCCAGCUCCCUGCAGUGAAGGAACUGUCUUUGAAAUACCGUAUUUUUUGCUCUAUGGACGCACCGGGCCAUAGGACGCACCUUGUUUUAGAGGGGGAGAACAAGAAAGAAAAAAAAACUCCCCCUCUCUUCUCAGCGUCCCUUCAGCAAAGCUGCAGGAGAAACGGAGCCCCUUCCAUUUCUCCUCCCGCUUGGCUGAAGGGGCGCUGCACAGCUUUCCCUCUCUGCUAAAGCCAGGAGAAUCUUGCUCUACUGGCUUCAGUGAAAGGAACCUGAAGCCUGCGGAGUGCAGCGGGAACUCGCGCUGCGCUCCGCAGGCUUCAGGCGGCUAUCCCUGAAGCCUGGAGAGCGAGAGGGGUCGGUGCACACCUACCCCUCUCGCUCUCCAGGUUUCAGCUAAAGCAACGCGAAGCCUCUGGAGUGCAGAGGGAGCGCUCCCUCUGCGCUUCAGAGGCUUCGCGUUGCUAUAGCUGAAGCCAAGGAGCCUGCAUUCGCUCUAUAGGAUGCACACACAUUUCCCCUUAAUUUUUGGCGGGGGGAAAAAGGGCGUCCUAUAGAGCGAAAAAUACUGUAAUACUCAAUAUUGAUCCAGAGCAGAACUCUAACGUAUAGUUAGAGUAAAAACUUAAACACGUUGCAGGAUUCCCAAAAGCCCAUCUACAGAGCUUUACUGCUACUGAAGGCAAAUGAACAUAAUGGUCACAAAUCCAAUACAUUCAGGAUUGGCACUGCCCAUAAGAAAUCCAGUUGCAGCAGACUUAACUUAAACUUACAAUAACUUAUAAUAAGUCUAAACCUUACCACUAUGUACAAAACACCACACCAGAAGGAAAGAGAUAGAGAGAGUGAACCCGGGCUCCUUCUAGCCUUACUUUUAUAGUUAGCAUGACCUUGACAGAAAGAAAAAAGAGAACCAGUUGAAGCCAGCUGUCCUCAGCUUCUCUGAAGGUAUAACUCAAACAUCAUGAACCUAUUGCUUGUUUCUUUCACGCACAGAAGCUUCCAGAAGCUUCCAGAGCCCUCUUGAACUCAGUAGAAUAGGAAAGAUUUCUACACAUCAGAUCAAUAUUUUCUGCACUAAGAAAUGCAAACUGACAGGAACCUCAGCUAAAGCAUCCCUGAUAGAUGGCCACCUUAAAAACCUGCAAGGAAGGAGAGUCCACUGCUUCCCAAGGGAGACUGCUCCACCACCAAACAGCUCUUAGUGUCAGAAAGGAAUUGCAAGCAAGCACCCAACUCUUCAGGACGCGGGUGGCGCUGUGGGUUAAGCCACAGAGCCUAGGAGUUGCCGAUCAGAAGGUUGGCGGUUCGAAUCCCCACGACGGGGUGAGCUCCCGUUGCUCGGUCCCUGCUCCUGCCAACCUAGCAGUUCAAAAGCAUGAAGUACAAGCAGAUAAAUAGGUACCACUCCAGUGGGAAGGUAAACGGCGUUUCUGUGUGCUGCUCUUGUUCGCCAGAAGCGGCUUAGUCAUGCUGGCCACAUGACCCGGAAGCUGUACGCCGGCUCCCUCGGCCAAUAAAGCGAGAUGAGCACCACAACCCCAGAGUCGGUCACGACUGGACCUAAUGGUCAGGGCUCCCUUUACCCAACUCUUCCAGGGAGCUCUUGCUUGGAGUCCCAAUCCAAUGCUCCAGGAUCCUGGAGAACUGCAUGAGCAUCUGGCUCGAAUGUUAUCAAAAAUGUGUGUGAGGUCCUGAUUCGGAAUUCUUCAUAGACAGGAAGGGCCCCCAGCAAAGAGUUCCUCUAAAUCAGGGACGUCCAACUCCCAAGAGAUGGCAGUGAUCUACCCCUUUUUUAGGGGUUCAGGUCAAAGUUGUAGAGCUUUUUUUAGGGGGGAUAUCAAAGUGGUAUACUUUUUGGGGGGUUCUGGUCAAUGUUGUUGACCUUUUAUGGGAGGGGCAGGUCUAAGAUGUUGAGCUUUCUUUAGGGGGGAAAGGGAAAAGUCGCUCACCAAAACAUUGAUCAGGGGAAAAAACAGCCUCACGGCGCAAACUCCGUCUUCCUAUCUAGCGAUCAUGUGUGAAUGGAGGACAGGGCCAGAUCCUCUUUUUCCACCACAAAGGAAAAAGAGCCCACGAUCAACUCAAACAUCCCCAGGGUCCACCAGUUGAUCGCUGUCGACCGGUUGGACAUCCCUGCUCUAAGUCUAAUUCGAGGUUCUCUUUGGCCUCCCUUUUCUUGUCCCCAGGUGCUGGAGGUGUAUCGCCUGGUGGCGCUGGCGAUGUCCCUUUGGCGGCAGCUGGCUGUCCCGCUCUUGUUCCUGGUCUUCUGGCUGGCGCUGUUCACUCUGCAGAUCUAUGCCCUGGUUUCUUCCUCCUCUGGCAACCCUUUGCCCCAGCAAGGCUUGGUCUUCAUCUUCCUCAGCAGGUAGGAAGGUGGUGCGUCGGGGAGGGGAAGUGAGCAGCAACUUCCCACAGAGUCAUCAAAUUGUAGCGUUGGAAGGGAUACCCAAGGGUCAUCUAGCCCAACCCCUUGCAACGCAGGGAUCAUAGCCAAGGCAGCCCCGGCAGAUGGUCCCCCAACCUCUUGAGAACCUCCAGAGAAGGAGUGUCCACCACCUUCCAAGGGGAGUCCAUUCCACUGUCCGACAGCUCUUGUCGUCAGAAAGUUCUUCCUAAUUUUUAUUGCGAAUCUCCUUCCUUGUCAUUCAAAUCCACUGGUUUGGGUUCUGCGGCAGAAAACAAGCUUGUUCCAUCCCCCAUGGGAAAAGCCCUUCCGAUGGGGCCAGGGCCUUUUCAGUACUGGCCCCGACUUGGUGGAAUGCUCUGUCACAAGAGACCAGGGCCCUGCGGGGCUUGACAUCUUUCCGCAAGACAGAGCUGUUCCGCCUGACCUUUGGUUUGGACUCAGUCUCACCCUUAUGUUUCCCUCCCCUUAUGGUUUUGAUCUAUGGGCUACUAUGAAAAUGAGUCUGAAUUUUAAAUUUGUAUUUUAACCCGUAUUUUAAAUAAUUGUUUUUUUUCCCUUUCUUUUCUCUCUCCCCCCCCCCCCUUAUGUUUUUAUUGUAAUUUUACUGGUGUUAGCUGCCCUGAGCCCGGCUCUGGCCAGGGAGGGUGGGGUAUAAAUAAAUUAUUAUUAUUAUUAUUAUUAAGUUGGCUUCCAACCUUUGACAUGGCAUACUCCCUGGCGCGCUUGGCCCCUCGGCUAUGCCCAUUGCUGCGUUGAGCCAUGAGGAAUGGAAAGGGCUCUUGGAACAUGCCAACAUUUUGCCCACGUUGGGCAAAAAGACCGCUGCAUUGCAGGGGGUUGGACUAGAUGACCCUCAGGGUUCCCUUACAGCUCUACAGUUCUAUUAUUCUGUGUCUUUCUUCUUCUUCACUGUGAGAACAGGAUGCUGGACCAGAUAACUAUUGAUUAUUACCAUUGUUUAUCAAAUUUAUAUUCACCCUAAGAUCGCUGAGCCAUUGGCGCAGUCCAGACAGGCCCCUAGAAUCCUAAUAACUUCCCGCAGUGCAGGAUUUGCUGUCUUGUGGCAGAGCGAUAGCCCCUAGCUUGAAAGCAAGUGUGGUGCUUAAAGGAUAAAUCUUUGGCAGUGGCCUCCUGAGUCUCAGCGGCUGGAGAAGGGCUUUUCCCUCCAUCUCCCUGUUUGGCCACUCUAGGAAACAGGGUACUGGGCUCGACGGCCUCUGCCUGGUCUGAUCCUGGGGGCUUCUUAACGUUUUCCCUCUCCAUAGUGUGGCCGAAUGUUGCAGCACCCCGUACUCCCUCAUUGGGCUCACCUUCACUGUCUCCUACCUGGCCCUGGGCCUCCUCAAACUCUGCAAGUUCUACCUGGCAGGUUACAGCGCUUUCCAGGACGGCAACGUGAUGCACAGGUGAGAGAGCUUGAAAGAGCAGCUGCCUAGACCAUGGGUAGGCAAAUAAGGUCCGAGGGCCGGAUCCAGCCCUAUCGCUUUCUAAAUCCGGCCCGCGGACAGUCCAGGAAUCAGCAUGUUUCUACAUGAGUAGAAUGUGUCCUUUUAUUUAAAAGGCAUCUCUGGGUUAUUUGUGGGGCAUAGGAAUUCGUUUUUUGUUUGUUUGCUUGUUUUCAAAAUAUAGUACGCCCCCCCCACAAGGUCUGAGGGAGAGUGGACCAGCCCCCUGCUGAAAAAGAUUGCUGACCCCUGAACAAAACCAUUCAGUAUUCCAUUACUACAUCCAUCAAAACAUAUUUGCACUAUUGAAUGUAUCUUAAUGCUGCCCACGUUUUCAAGUGCACACAAUUUUCUCCCAUAACAUUUUCCAAUCUUAUUUAAACGAACUUUCUUCUUGUUCUCUUAUUCUGUAUGUUAAGUCUGCAAGCGGCACGUAUUCCGUCAUCUUAAGCUGCCAUUCUUCUUUAGUUGGGACCUUACUUGUUUUCCAUUUGGGGGCUAACAAAACACGGGCCGCAGUAGCAGCAUACAUAAAUAACCUUUCUUGACACCUGGGAAUUACUGUCUGGAUCAUCCCCAAGAAAAGAGGAAUGUUUCUUGCCUGCCCCCUAAAAAUAUGUAAUGGACCUCCCUGGGGAGAGUGUUCCACAACCAGGGAGCCACCAAAAGUCUUGCUGUUGUUUAGUCGUUUAGUCAUGUCCGACUCUUUGUGACCCCCUGGACCAGAGCACGCCAGGCACUCCUGUCUUCCACUGCCUCCCGCAGUUUGGUCAAACUCAUGCUGGUAGCUUCGAGAACACUGUCCAACCAUCUCGUCCUCUGCCAUCCCCUUCUCCUUGUGCCCUCCAUCUUUCCCAACAUCAGGGUCUUCUCCAGGGAGUCUUCUCUUCUCAGGAGUUGGCCAAAGUCUUGGAGCCUCACCUUCAGGAUCUGUCCUUCCAGUGAGCACUCAGGGCUGAUUUCCUUCAGAAUGGAUAGGUUUGAUCUUCUUGCAGUCCAUGGGACUCUCAAGAGUCUCCUCCAGCACCAGAAUUCAAAAGCAUCAAUUCUUUGGUGAUCAGCCUUCUUUAUGGUCCAGCUCUCACUUCCAUACAUCACUACUGGGAAAACCAUAGCUUUAACUAUACGGACCUUUGUUGGCAAGGUGAUCCCUCUGCUUUUUAAGAUGCUGUCUAGGUUUGUCAUUGCUUUUCUCCCAAGAAGCAGGUGUCUCUUAAUUUUGAGACUGCAGUCACCAUCUGCAGUGAUCAUGGAGCCCAAGAAAGUCAAAUCUCUCACUGCCUCCAUUUCUUCCCCUUCUAUUUGCCAGGAGGUGAUGGGCCCAGUGGCCAUGAUCUUCGUUUUUUUGAUGUUGAGCUUCAGACCAUAUUUGGCACUCUCCUCUUUCACCCUCAUUAAAAGUUUCUUUAAUUCCUCCUCACUUUCUGCCAUCAAGGUUGUGUCAUCUGAAUAUCUGAGGUUGUUGAUAUUUCUUCCGGCAAUCUUAAUUCUGGCUUGGGAUUCAUCCAGCCCAGCCUUUCGCAUGAUGAAUUCUGCAUAUAAGUUAAAUAAGCAGGGAGACAAUAUACAGCCUUGCCGUACUCUUUUCCCAAUUUUGAACCAAUCAGUUGUUCCAUAUCCAGUUCUACCUGUAGAUUCCUGUCCCACAUAGAGAUUUUUCAGGAGACAGAUGAGGUGAUCAGGCAAUCCCAUUUCUUUAAGACAGAAAGUCUAAAAGUCCCCAAAUUUAUCUAGAACAAGAGAGCAUUUUUUUUAAAAAAAAGCCACUACCCGCUAAGUCUAGAGAGGUGCACUGGCCAAUGGCGAUUUUCUCUCCCCAUCCCUUUUUUUUUUCUUCCUGAACCACCCCACGGGGGUAAAAAUCCAAUAUACAGGUGCCUACUUUUCCCCUUGUUUCAGGGGUGUGACGGAGGGUGUGACCUUGCUGCUGCUUGCCCUCCAAACCGGCCUGCUUGGGUUGCAGCUCCUGGAAAGAACGUUCCUUCUCAGCAUCAUCCUCUUCAUCGUGGUGACGUCCACCCUGCAGUCCAUGAUCGAAAUAGCCGACCCCAUCGUGUUGGGCUUGGGGGCUACACGCAACAGGUGACAGUGCUUUCUCCUUUGUGCGGACGCACGGGAACAGGGGGCGCGAUCCAUGUCCUCGUGGUUAUAAAUCUGCAUAGCCUGGAGGGGGUGGGGUGGGCAUUCCCUGCACGCAAGCAAGCCCAGCCUCACUGUCAAGGGGCGCUCAGAAAGGAGCCGCCAACAUUUUGGGGCCGAUGCAGAAGCUUGAGGAAGUGCCGUUGGCGCCAGUCACAAAAUGGCGGCCACAGUAGAGGGGGGCGUGGCCUAACACAAAGUGGCCGCCACAACUUAGAGAGCGAGAAUAGGGAGUGGCAAUUGCUGGCUGGGCCUGACAGCAGCUGUAGUCCAAAAGAUCUGGGGGGCACCAGUUUGGGGAAGGCAGGUCUGGAAGGAUGUCCAGCCUGGCCCAUAUUCUCAAUGGGGCUGGAUAUCUCCCUUUCUUUCUCAAAUAGCAGUUCCUACACAUCAUGUAACCUGUAUGUGUAUAAAGGGGGACACCUGAAUAUAUAUGUACUUUUAAUCGUCCUAUAGCAGUAUGCAUCAUUUUAAGGGUGAAGCUUGGUUUUUGCAAAUUUCUUCAGUGAGUGGGCUUAAAAAUACGCUUUUGGCUGUGCAGAUUUAGCUUGGUAAGUCUACGUUUGAUGAAAAAGCACAUAAAAAGCUUUGAGAAAACCAAAGUAUUUUAAUUUUGCCUUCUGAAAAUGUCAGGUAACGCUAAAUAACAACAACAACAAGAAUAACAAGAAUAAUAAUGCAUGUCCUUGGCAUCAUUUUUAAAUUGUUUCUGUGCAACUUUACACACCUUUUAUGUACCAAGCGAAACUGAACUAUAUAAAUUUAGCCGAAAUACUUUUCUAAUUCCCAUGUCAUGUUACGACUUUUUAGCACCCCUCAUCAUUUUGGCGAAUUUGAAAGUUGAAAACUUAAGCAAGCCCUAUUCACACAGCCUUCAUAGGAAGCUGACUGAUGCAGAGUCACACCAUUGGCUCAUCUACCUCAGUACUGCCUGUUCUGACUGGCAACAGCUCUCCAGGGUUUCAGGAAUGAGUUUUUCUACAGCACUACCUCAGAGAUGCUGUCUGUUGUUGAACCUGGGACCUUCUGCGUCCAAAACUGAUGCUCUGCUGCUCAGCUACGACCCUGCCCUAAAGUAAAAUGCGGUUUCCUCAUUACAGUCGUACCUUGGAUCUCGAACACCUUGGCUCCAGAACAAACCGGCUUCCGAAACCCAGAAGUGAGUGUUCCGGUUUUCAAACGUACUUUUGGAAGCCGAACAUCCGACGGGGCUUCCCAUUGGCUGCAGGAGCUUCCUGCAGCCAAUCAGAAGCUGCGCUUUGGUUUCCGAACGUUUUGGAAGUCGAACGGACUUCUGGAACGGAUUCCGUUUGACUUCCAAGGUACGACUGUGUUCUGGAUCUGGGAGAUUUAAAUAGGAAGCUGCCUUCUGCUGAGCCAGGCCCCUGGUCCAUAGCUGUCAACUUUUCCCUUUUCUUGCGAGGAAUCCUAUUUGGAAUAAGGGAAUUUCCCUUAAAAAAAGGGAAACGUUGACAGCUAUGCCCUGGUCCGUCCAAGCUCCGUAUCUGAGGCCGUAGCUGAUAGGGAUGGACUUUGCAGCAGCCUUCGUGGGCCUCUCAAACUGUCCCUCCAUCUCUUAGAAUCGCAGGACCGUAGAGUUGGAAGGGACAACUAGAGUCAUCUAGUCCAACCCCCUGCAACGCGGGGGUUGCCCAGUGUGGGGCUCGAACCCACGACCCUAACAGCCUCGUGCUCUACCCACUGAGCUUUCCAGCUGUGUUGUUUCAGGAGUUUCUGGAAGCACUUCCGGGGAAUCAGCAUGUGCCUCUUCCUCCUGGUCUUCCCGGGCUUCAUGGCGUACAAGAUCGCUCACUUCUUCCACAUGGACUUCUGGCUCCUGAUCCUCGUCUCCAGUUGCAUGCUGACCUCCCUGCAGGUACACUUGCCCCUUUUUUGCCCGUAGCCGGAGCUGGUUUAUUUCUGGGACGCCUUUCCCACGAGGGCAUCUGUGCUCAUGGCGGUUUUCCUUUAAAAAAUACUGUGUCCAAAUACCGUGUAGAACAGUAAUGGCGGCUGGCAUCUGUCUGUCUGGGGAGACCACAAAGGAGUGCGCCUUUUGGGGGUGAAGUCAAAGUGUUGGAGAAUUAUAGCGCCUGCUGUGGCUGUAGAGACUGACUCAGGAGAGGCAUGUUCCGUUGCAACUGGGGCAGAUAAAGGCGUCUGGUUUCGGUCCUGCAGAUUGUGAUCCACGCGACAGUCACCUCCAGACUUGAUUAUUGUAACUCGCUCUAUGUGGGGCUGCCCUUGAGACUGACCCAGAAACUCCAGUGGGUGCAGAAUGCUGCGGCGAGACUCCUUACGGGGUCCUCGCCGCAGGAUCACAUUCACCCGGUGCUAUACCAGCUGCACUGGCUCCCGGUGGAGUACAGGAUCAGGUUCAAGGUGCUGGUUUUAACCUUUAAAGCCGUAUACGGCCUAGGACCCUCGUACCUACGGGAACGCCUCUCCUGGUAUGCCCCACGGAGGACCUUACAGUCUUCAAACAAAAACAUCUUGGAGGUCCCAGGCCACAGGGAGGUUAGGCUGGCCUCAGCCAGAGCCAGGGCUUUUUUGGCCAUGGCCCCAAUUUGGUGGAACACUCUGUCACAAGAGACCAGGGCCUUGCGGGACUUGACAUCUUUCCGCAGGGCCUGCAAGACAGAGCUGUUUCACCAGCCCUUUGGCCAAGGCACAGUCUGACCCCCUCCUUUGGUAAUCCUCACAGAACUCUAGCCCAAUGGUUGCCAUGAAUUUGAUUUUGAAUUGAUUCUAAAAUGAAUUGAUUUUAGAAUGCUGUGUUACUUUUAUUGUUGUUAGCUGCUCUGAGCCUGGCUUUGGCUGGGGAGGGUGGAAUAUAAAUUUUUUAUUAUUAUUAUUAUUAUUAUUAUUAUUAUUAUUAUUAUUAUUAUUGCAAAUCUUCUCUCUGCGCUGCUCUCAGCAGUUAUUCCUCCUCUGGUCACUGCUGUGGAUUAAGUUUUCAGGGGGUGGUGGGUGGUUGAUGGAGAGCAUAAUAAUAAAAUAAUCAUGAUAACAGUCCCAGUCCCCUUCCACACUUAACAGGCCAUACAUAGGUGCCAAUUCUAGUGGGGGCAUCCAGGGCCUCCACAAAUCUUUUGGGUGGGUGCUCAGAACCCACAAUGCGGGAAUCCGAAGGGACUUCUGGUUCCUAUAGGAAGUUGCACCGGAACCCCGAUGCGAGUUCCCAGACAACGUCCAAGGCCCUGCGAAGCCUUGGAAGCACCACCACGCCGCCAGCGUCACGUUACGUCAUGGGUGUCAGUAUGCCUUUGAGCCGAUGCCAACGACUGGGCUCAACAACUGGUUCUGCCCCGAAUGGUCUAGGUGAACUGGAGCACUUCCAGAGACCUUCCACUCCUGGAAAGCAGGUCUAAGCGCACUGGACCCACAACUGUCCAUUGUGGGCACCGAACUCAGCAGAGUAUGAACAACACAGAAGAAAGCUGUGAAGCAUAACUUCUUUUAUUUCUAACAGCUACUGCAAACUAAAACUAAAGAGCUACUGGCUUGCAUGAGUGUUACUCAGACUCCACACAGAGUCAGGCAGGAGCGGAAGAAGCAAAGAGCAGUUUGUGCCCCCUCCUUUCUGAAAACAUCAUAUCAGGAGAUUCUCGCAGUGGGAGGGGGUGAAAAUAUCCACAUUGGGUACCAUUGGGCGCCCAUAACCCGGGGCCCCUGAGGCCAUAGAUUAAUUAAUGGCCAAAGAGGAAUGUUUUUGCCUGGCCUCUAAAGACACAUAAUGGUGGUGUCCGGAGAGCAUCAUUAUCCCUCUGUAUAGAGGCAGGAUACCUUUCCAGGUGCUGGGAAGAAUUGGAGGGCUUUCUCCAUUGAGCCCUGAUGAUGCGCUUGCUAGUGCAUCCCAAGUGGUAUAAGAAUAAAAGAAAAUCAUUACAAAUUAGUUUGGAGAUGGUAUUUAGCACCAGUCAGAUUAAAUGAAAUAAACAAGGAAUAUUCGGUGUUAUGUUGGAAGGGAUGCCAGGAAAUGGGAUUAUGUUCACAUGUGGUGGGAGUGUAAAUAUGUACAAUUUUUUUGGCAAAGGGCAUUUAAGGAGAUAAUUAGAUACCGCUGGGUUAAAGCUGACCAAAAGUUCAGAGGUAGCACUAUUAUCAAUUUACGAUGGGGUGGAAGGUUCACAGGCUAUGAAGGACUUGCUCACAAAUUGAUUGACAGCUGCAUGAAUUAUUAUAGCUAGGAAGUGGAAGGGGCAAGGUGAAUAAAAAAUGGAAGAAUGGUAUAAAGAGGUGUGGGAUAUAGGUAUUAAUGAUACAUUAACAUGUGCCAUUAAGGUAAGACAGGGAAUAUGCAGGAGAAAUGAUUUUGAGGAGAUAUGGAAGGUGUUUGUAGAAGUUGUACUGUUAAAACGGAAAGGGGUCAAACCACUGCAAGAAGUGUUGAAAUUUUGGGAGGUUGGUUAGUUACAAUGGAAUGGUCUUGGUGGCACAUUUUUAUUCUUAUUUAUUUAUGAUUUUUACUUCGUCAAAAUAAAAUUAAAAAAUGAAAUGAAAUGAAAUAAUAAAAUGGUGCAUAGGCAUUGCAGCUAGUAGCCAUCGGUUGCUGGCCAAUGGGCUCUGGGCUUGAUCCAGUCUGGACCUCUGGGGCCUUCAGCUUUGGCUGGAGAAACCAAUGGUCCUCCUCCUCCUCCUCCUCCUCCUCCUCCUCCUCCUCCUCCUUUCAGGUGAUGGGGACCCUAUUCAUCUACACCCUCUUCAUGAUCGAGCUCUUCCAGGACACCCCGAUGGAGAAGAUGGACGAGAUUGUCUACUACAUCAAUGCCGUCAGCCGCGUCCUGGAGUUCCUGGUGGCCGUCUGCGUGGUGGCCUACGGGACCUGGGAGUCCAUCUUUGGCGAGUGGAGCUGGCUGGGGGCCUCCGUCAUCAUCAUCCACUGCUACUUCAACGUCUGGCUGAGGGCCCACUCCGGGUGGAAGAGCUUCCUGCUCCGCCGAGAGGCGGCCAAGAAGAUCAGCUUGCUGCCAAGGGCCACCAGCAGGCAACUCUUGGACCACAAUGACGUCUGCGCCAUUUGCUUCCAGGUGAAUGUCAGUGAGCCGCAACCCCCCACAGUUCCCUCCUCUGGACCGUCUGUCCCCACCUGCCCUUGUUCAUUUUAGUUUGGGGGACUGGCUUGGGUUAGGGCCUCAAUCUAGAGUCAAUACUGGACCAGGUUGGGGAGCCCUGAGUUAGGCUAUCCCCACUAACUUGUGGGUAGCCCAACACGGUUUCCUCCAUAGCAGGGUAGUCCAAUGUAACCCUCGAGUCCUUUUUUGGUGGCCCUCAACAACAUUUGAUGCCCACCAGCCCUCGCGCUGCCUUCCCAAAGCUGGGUAAACGAGACGCUAAGCUUUGGGAAGGAGGGACAAGGCUCUGGCAGAGCCUUCCCUCCUCCUUCUCAAAGCCUAUAUUAGGCUUCAGGGAAUCCAGUACCUCCCAUGAUGGCAGCCAAGAAGCAGAUAAAGAAGAGUUCUUACCAAGUAUUGUAUUCAAUACUCACACAGAGAGAACAUAGAAAUGCCAUCUCUUUUGGGUAAUGGCAUUGCUCUGAGUAAAGUCCCACCCCCCUCCGUCUCUCCUAUUACAGUGGUACCUCUGGUUGCGAACGGGAUCCGUUCCGGAGGCCCAUUCGCAACAUGAAAAGAACACAACCCGCAUCUGUGCAUGCGCGGGUUGCGAUUUGCCGCUUCUGUGCAUGACGUCAUUUUGUGCAGCUGCGCGUGCGUGAGCGGCGAAACCCGGAAGUAACCCUUUCUGGUACUUCCGUGUCUCCGCGGGAUGUAUCCUGAAAGAACGUAACAUGAAGCGGACAUAACAUGAGGUAUGACUGUAUACGUCAUCCCUGCGUCAGCUGAUCUGAGCUUCUGCCUCUGAGCUUCCUGUUCUACUACCUUCAAUGCACGCCUGGUCCUUGGGGGGGGGUGUCUGUCUGCUGUCUCUGCCCUAGUGCUGCUUCUCCCUUCUGCAGUCUCUGAACUAUGACCUUCUGCAAACCACUGUUGUAAAACUAUACUGUCCUCCUCUUCCCAGAAAGGUUUAGAAAGGGUGGGCGGUGGUCCCCACCAUUCCUCCUUAGUCCAGUCCCUGACAGCCUAGUUUUUCCAGCUUUGGAAGGGGGUGGAAGGACUCUAGGCUGAGGAUUACCUGUUCCACUUUGGCAGCAGGUCUCCAGCAAGUUUUCCAAUAUACCACCUGCUCUAUUUUAACCGGUGAUGCCAAGGAAGUUCUGCAUGCUGAGCAGGUGCUCUACCUCAGGGCUGCGCUGCCCGUUGCCCCUCCAGGCACUUCCCCGCUAACCGCCUCAUUCUGCCCCCUUUCAGGAGAUGACCCUGGCCGUCAUCGUGCCGUGCGGCCACUUCUUCCACGACGGCUGCCUGCGCAAGUGGUUCUUCGUGCAGGACACAUGCCCCCUCUGCCACCAGCAGGUCAGGCUCGAGGAUCGCGCACAACAGGCAGAGCCCGCGGCAGGGAGGGAGGAGACUUCCGGGAGCACAGAGCCCGCUGUUCUCGACCGCGUGGUGCGCCCCGGUGGGGACAGGACUGCGGAGGCCGACGAAGCUGGUGGGACAGAACAACAAAGCACCCUCUCCGGACACUCAGCUGGGGAAGGCCAGCAGACGUUCGACAGCUUGGGAGAGGUGGGGGAGAGCGUUCCCGGAUAUGACGCACCCCAGAGGGACCUGGGCCUGCCCACCUCCGCAGGAAACGGCAGCCAAGCGCUGGAUCUCCCCGUUCCCGAAGUGCUGCCAGGGGACUGGUGCGGCAGCUCAGGAGAGCCCAUGGCCCCAGAGCGGGAUGUUCCUGGGUGCGUCUCUCUGGGAAGAGAGCCUGACUUAGCCAGCAAACCGGGAAACGGCUGUCCUCAGCUCUCAGCUGCUCCGGGAGUCCCAGCUGAGGGUCGCCUGGAGGGGGAGUCCCCAAGCCCAGUGGCAGCCUCCCCAGUUGCGCCAGCAGAGGACACAGUGGAGAUCUCAGCCAGGAAGCUCCCACAGCAGGGUGAUGCCAGAGGGGAGAGCCUAGGCCCGUCGGUCCAUUUCGACAGCAAAGCUGAGCUCAGUCCUGGUCUUUCCACCGCCUUCUCCCCUCCCUAGCUCUUUGCGCUCACGUGCCGUUUCCCUUUUCCAUAGCCUGGGAGGCCGAUGCGCCAAACAGCUUCUCCUACACCCAGGGAAGCAGGCCGCCCCAGCCGAGUUAGAGCAAGCACAGUCUGCGCUGCGUCUAGCAAAGAGCACUUUAUCUGGAGCCAGGGAAACUCAAAAUUCCCCCUCUCCUCUCAGGAGUGCUGAAGGACUUCCACUCUGCAGGCCAGACCUUCUAUACCAGCAAGGCGAUGCCAUACGUCUUAUUCUUCUAACCAGAGGCGCAGGGGCCUUGCCCCAAACACCGGCCGCUGCCAUAGUUUAAAAGUUUCAGCGCUGGCCGCAACACGGAGACACGACCCGGCAGAAUGGCAGAUUCGGAGACGAAUGCUCUUAUCCAAGAUGGCGGCAGCUUCGUUCCAAAAUGGCUGCAGGGUCUCCGUGUCUGCCUCCCUACCUAUGCAUCCCACCCGUUGCCUGCCUAUAAUUUCUGGCAAGUGUGUGAAACGGGGAAGGUUUGGACUUCUGCCCAAGCGACGGGUCCUUGCAGGUUUUCCCCCGGGUCGGCCUAGAACGUUUGAUGAGCCAGGGAGCCCCUUCCGGGGAUCUGGGCCACCAGCAAACCUUUGUGGCUUUGGUGUCCCGCCCCAUCAUUGACCGUUUUAAUUUUAUUUUUAGCGUAGAGGUGAUUACAUCGCGGGGCAGGUGAAUCAAACAGCUGUGGACAGCGGGAGACCUUUGCUUGCAAGUUAAAUAAACAAAUCAAAUGGAUGGCGUGAGCUGGUUGUGUGCAGUUCUGCAACGGAAAGGGG